CACUCUUUCUAACUUCUGGGACUGCUCUUUGCGCAACUGCUAGCAUUUCUCCAGUGCAUGUAGCGACUCAACCCAGCUCCGGGUGCAGACCGCGGGGCUCAGAGGCCAGGGGCGCUGUCAGAACUGCGGCGGAGAGCCGCGCGAGGAGCUGGGCGCCGGCGGCUGCGGGGAAGCCCCCAACUUUCCACGGCCUCCGGUUCCGGUGCUGCGGGGCAGCCAAGUGAAUGGGGCGCAGUGCUUGCCCCGGUGGGGAGAACUGAAGGAGCCUCGCCGCCCCGGGUUCCCUAUCCCUUUUCUUUCGUCUGGUGCCUGGAGCCCUUUCUGUCCGAGCGGCCGCUGCGGUCGGUGGCUGGGGUGCGCGCCCAGCAGGGAAAGUCCAUCCGUUUGAUCAUGGAGGACAACAAUGACUCUGCAGAAAACCCCCAGCAAGGCCAAGGGCGGCAAAAUGCCAUGAAGUGUGGGUGGCUGAGAAAGCAAGGCGGCUUUGUGAAGACUUGGCACACCCGCUGGUUCGUGCUCAAGGGAGAUCAACUCUAUUAUUUCAAAGAUGAAGAUGAAACCAAGCCGUUGGGUACUAUUUUUCUGCCAGGAAAUAAAGUCCUUGAACAUCCCUGCAAUGAAGACCACCCAGGAAAAUUCCUUUUUGAAGUAGUUCCAGGAGGCGACCGGGAUCGGAUGACAGCGAAUCAUGAGAGCUACCUCCUCAUGGCGAGCACCCAGAAUGAUAUGGAAGACUGGGUGAAGUCCAUUCGCCGAGUGAUAUGGGGCCCUUUUGGAGGAGGUAUCUUUGGACAGAAACUAGAAGACACUGUCCGCUAUGAGAAGAGAUAUGGGAACCACCUGGCCCCAAUGCUGGUGGAGCAGUGCGUGGACUUCAUCCGACAGAGGGGGCUGAAAGAAGAGGGUCUCUUCCGGCUGCCAGGCCAGGCUAAUCUUGUUAAGGAGCUCCAGGAUGCCUUUGACUGUGGAGAGAAGCCGUCAUUUGACAGCAGCACGGACGUGCACACCGUGGCAUCCCUCCUUAAACUGUACCUCCGGGAACUCCCAGAACCAGUUAUCCCUUAUGCGAAGUAUGAAGACUUCUUGUCAUGUGCCAAGCUGCUCAGCAAGGAAGAGGAAGCAGGUGUUAAGGAGUUAGCCAAGCAGGUGAAGAGUUUGCCAGUGGUCAAUUACAACCUCCUCAAGUACAUUUGCCGGUUUUUGGAUGAAGUCCAGUCAUAUUCUGGAGUUAACAAAAUGAGUGUGCAGAAUUUGGCAACUGUCUUUGGCCCUAAUAUCCUGCGCCCCAAGGUGGAAGAUCCUUUGACCAUCAUGGAGGGCACUGUGGUGGUCCAGCAGCUGAUGUCCAUGAUGAUCAGCAAACACGACCGCCUCUUCCCAAAGGACGUAGAACUGCAGAGCAAGCCCCAGGACGGAGUGAGCAACAACAACGAAAUCCAGAAGAAAGCCAGCAUGGGCCAGUUACAGAACAAGGAGAACAAUAACACCAAGGAGAGCCCCAGUCGGCAGUGCUCUUGGGACAAGCCCGAGUCUCCCCAGAGAAGCAGCAUGGACAAUGGCUCUCCCACAGCCCUAUCCGGCAGCAAAACCAACAGCCCAAGGAACAGCGUCCACAAGCUGGAUGUCUCCAGGAGCCCCCCUCUCAUGGUGAAGAAGAACCCUGCCUUCAACAAAGGCAGUGGCAUCGUCACCAACGGGUCUUUCAGCAGCAGCAAUCCAGAAGCGGUGGAGAAACCCCAAACCACCCCCAAUGGGAGCCUGCAGGCUAGGAGGACCUCUUCGCUGAAGGGGUCCGGUACCAAAAUGGGCACCCACAGUGUGCAGAAUGGAACCAUGCGCAUGGGCAUUUUGAGCAACGACCCCCUCGGGAACCCCGUGAAUGGACGCAGCACGGGCUGGCUGCCCAACGGCUAUGUGACCCUGAGGGACAACAAGCAGAAAGAACCAGCCGGGGAGUCUGGCCAGCACAACCGGCUCUCCACCUACGAUAACGUCCACCAGCAGUUCUCCAUGAUGAACCUGGAGGACAAGCAGAGCGUGGACAGUGCCACCUGGUCCACCUCCUCCUGCGACAUCUCCCUCCCCGAGAACUCCAACUCCUGCCGCUCCUCCACCACCACCUGCCCAGAGCAGGACUUUUACGGUGGGAACUUUGAGGAUCCUGUUUUGGAUGGGCCCCCGCAGGACGACCUUUCCCACCCUGGGGACUAUGAAAGCAAAAGUGACCGGAGGAGCGUGGGCGGCCGAAGUAGUCGCGCCACCAGCAGCAGCGACAACAGUGAGACGUUUGUUGGGAACAACACCGGCAACCACAGUGCACUGCACAGUUUAGUCUCCAGCCUGAAACAGGAGAUGACCAAACAGAAGAUCGAGUACGAGUCCAGGAUAAAGAGCUUAGAACAGCGAAAUUUAACUUUGGAAACAGAAAUGAUGAGUCUCCACGAUGAACUGGAUCAGGAAAGGAAAAAGUUCACGAUGAUAGAAAUCAAAAUGCGCAAUGCCGAGCGAGCCAAAGAAGAUGCCGAGAAAAGAAAUGACAUGCUACAGAAAGAAAUGGAGCAGUUCUUUUCCACAUUUGGGGAGCUGACAGUGGAACCCAGGAGAACGGAGCGAGGAAACACGAUAUGGAUCCAGUGAGCCUGCUCUCUCCCGCCGUCUCCGAUGGCUCUGGGAAGGACUUGGGGAGUCUUGGGAGAUCGUAUGUGGGACCAGGUGGCUGGUCACCUGGCUGUACAGAGCACUAACUGGGGAAGAAGUAUCAUUUAUUACAGACAUUAACCAUCCAUACCUGCAAUGUGUACCAAAGUUAUACCAUGCCUCAUAAUGCUACUGUCAAGUGUUACAACUGGAUAUGUGUAUAUAGAGUAGUUUUUAAAAGUAAACUAAAAAUGAGAAGCAUAUCUCAAGAAGUAUUUUAUUGCAAGUCUUGUAUUUAAAAUGUUGAAUCAAUAUGUUGUUGCGAUUUAGCUUGCUUUCAAGCUUCACCCCUUGCACUUAACAUAAACUAUUUUUGGCAUUGUGUUAUCAUCCGCUUAUUUUAUAGAUCACUAUUUUUAUUUCCCCUUUUGCUGAGGAAAUGAAGAUAAGCAGAAAUAUAAAUAUAUAUAAAGAUAUAUGAGUUAUUAAAAUCAAAAGAAUACUUGGUGGCCGUGUUGUUUGCACCAAUAGACCUUGCCAUGACCAAAAAGAGAAAUGUAAAUAGUUUUAUAAACUACAGUUGGAUCAGCAGGGACCUUGGAAAUGCUCUUUAAACUCUGUCCUCACACCAGUCAAUUUGGCUUUGUGACAUGACUUGACACAGGCACUCGGAGAGUGUGUAAGAACGUCCCCUUCCCAAGCCCCAGUCUGCCUUACCAGAUCUAAAGAGCAUUUCCUAAGCAGGAUGCAGCAUACAGGGGAGACAGGUGACGAAUGGCAUUUGACCUUGGCCUUCUGGACUCUCUAACUGCUGGAUGGUUAGUAGGUGAAUUCUGUCUGCCUGUUGGAUGUUGGGAAACAAUGCUUGCCAAAUAAACAAUGCCUGUGUGAAGUCCUUCCCUCACCCAAAUCUCUCCCCUGUCCCCAGCAGUUGCUCUUGGCAAUGCCAGCAGUACCUAGUGUUGCUGAGGUCCUCUUCGUGAGUGUGCUCUAGUCGGUACCAUUUAGCAACAUUUUUCUCCCAUGCAGGCCGAUAUCAUGUGGGAUUCUCUCCAUACCACAGGCUGGCAGCUUGCAGCAAGGUGAUGAGGUAGGCCAGGGCACCAGGAGGAGAAGGAAAAUUAAAUUUUUCUGCUUUAAUUUUAACAAUGCCAUUUUAUGUGUUAAAAACAUGUUCACUCAUGAUAAUUGUAAAAUGUGAAUGGUUAAAAGUCCAACUUUGAGACUAUGGUGGACAUCAGUAAUGCUAAGUUUCUAGAAAUACCCAGGCUCUCUGGAGGUGGAGUUUUUGCUAGAAUGAUUCCUCACACUUCAAUAAGACAAUGAUUUUGAGAAGCCAAGUACAUAAAUCUCACAGCAGAACAAAAGGUCACAAAAGGUUUAAUCGGAAAUAAAGGCUACUUGAGUUUA